AUGGAGAUUGAAGCAUCAAGUGGUGGUAGCAACAACAACAAAAGAUGCAACAUGGAUGAAAGUGAAGAAGAAGAUGAACCAUAUUGUGGCAUUACUACUAGAGGAAGUUUCUUAGCAUGGGAAGAUCUAAGAGUUAUUAUACCAAAUUUUGGUAAAGGACCAACCAAAAAGAUUCUUAAUGGCCUUCAUGGUUUUGCUGAGCCUGGUCGAAUCAUGGCUAUUAUGGGCCCUUCUGGUUCUGGAAAAUCAACUUUGCUUGAUACUCUCGCAGGUAGACUCUCCAAAAAUGUUGUGAUGACAGGAAAUGUUCUUCUCAAUGGGAAGAAAAAGAAUCCAGGCUAUGGUUUUGUUGCAUACGUAACACAAGAAGAUGUGUUAUUGGGAACUUUGACAGUAAGAGAAACUAUAACAUAUUCGGCGCAUCUACGUCUUCCAACGUCAAUGUCGAAAGAAGAAGUUAGCGGCAUAAUCGAAGGGACAAUCAUAGAAAUGGGCCUUCAAGACUGUGCUGAUAGGUUAAUAGGUAACUGGCAUUUGAGAGGUAUAAGUGGUGGCGAAAAGAAAAGACUUAGCAUUGCACUUGAAAUUCUCACAAGGCCGCGAUUAUUGUUUCUCGAUGAACCGACCAGUGGAUUGGAUAGUGCUUCAGCGUUCUUCGUUGUUCAAACUCUUCGAAACGUUGCUCGUGAUGGAAGGACUGUUAUUUCUUCUAUUCAUCAACCUAGUAGUGAAGUCUUUGCUCUUUUUGAUGAUCUUUUCUUGCUUUCUGGUGGCGAAACUGUUUAUUUUGGUGAAGCUAAAUUGGCAAUUGAGUUUUUUGCCGAGGCUGGUUUCCCUUGUCCGCGUAAAAGAAAUCCUUCUGAUCAUUUCUUAAGAUGUAUCAAUUCUGAUUUUGACGUCGUAACGGCUACACUAAAGGGAUCUCAAAGGGUUCAUGAUGUUCCGAAUUCAGCAGAUCCUUUUAUGAACAUGGCAACAGCACAGAUUAAGGAAAGGCUAAUAGAGAGAUUCAGGCGUUCAAAUUACGCGAGAAGAGUAAAAGACAAGAUCCAAGAACUAUCAACUCAUGAAGGGCUUGAAAAUGAGGCCAAAUAUGGAAGCCAAGCUAGUUGGUGGAAGCAACUCUCUACACUGACAAAGAGAUCAUUUGUGAACAUGAGUAGAGAUGUUGGUUACUAUUGGUUGAGAAUUAUAAUCUACAUCAUUGUAUCUAUAUGCGUUGGAACUAUCUAUUUUGAUAUUGGUUAUAGCUAUACUUCAAUCUUGGCUCGCGGCGCGUGUGGUGCAUUUAUAUCAGGAUUCAUGACUUUCAUGUCAAUUGGAGGGUUUCCAUGCUUCAUUGAAGAAAUGAAGGUAUUUUAUCGAGAAAGGCUUAAUGGAUAUUAUGGCGUAGCGGCGUAUAUUUUAUCGAACUUUCUAUCAUCGUUCCCAUUCUUGGUUUCUAUAGCUGUUACUUCUAGCACCAUCACAUAUAACAUGGUGAAAUUCAGGCCAGGAUUCAUUCACUUCGCGUUUUUCGCUCUCAAUAUCUACGGAUGCAUCUCAGUGAUCGAGAGUCUCAUGAUGGUUGUAGCUUCACUUGUUCCGAAUUUCCUCAUGGGAAUCAUUACAGGAGCUGGAAUCAUUGGAAUCAUGAUGAUGACCUCUGGAUUCUUUAGGUUGCUAUCCGAUCUUCCAAAACCAGUUUGGCGCUAUCCAAUUUCGUAUAUCAGUUACGGCGCAUGGGCAAUACAGGGUUCAUACAAGAACGACUUACUCGGACUCGAGUUUGAACCACUGGUUGCCGGCGACCCGAAACUGACAGGAGAUUAUGUGAUAACACACAUGUUAGGGAUUGAACUAAGCCAUUCAAAGUGGUGGGACUUAGCAGCACUGUUACUGAUUCUGAUAUGUUACAGAAUUCUAUUCUUUAUUGUUCUCAAAUUCAAGGAAAGAGCAUCACCAUUGUUUAAAAACCUUUAUGCAAAAAGAACCAUACAACAGCUAGAGAAAAGACCUUCAUUCAGACAAAUGCCAGCUUUUCCUUCAUUGAGGCAUCAACCACUUCACUCACUAUCUUCUCAAGAGGGUCUUGAUUCUCCACUUCAUUACUAG